UUCGCUGAUUACGUAAUAAGCAAGAAAGCAAUGGCUGGGCUCCAUGCUGCGAAAUGUUGCGUCCUAAACAGUAGGAAUGCAUUGCUGAAAAGUAAAUACAGUCAAAGGGUGAGAGUGCUAGACAGAUGGCUAAGCUGUUCUCGUUCAUUAGGUUCAUCUUAUGAUUAUGAUCUGGCAGUCAUUGGUGGAGGAUCUGGUGGCUUAGCCUGUGCAAAAGAGGCUGCUGGUUUUGAUAAGAAAGUCAUCGUUUUGGACUAUGUGGAUCCAUCACCCCAAGGAACCAAAUGGGGCCUCGGAGGAACAUGCGUUAACGUUGGCUGUAUUCCAAAGAAAUUACUCCACCACGCCUCACUUCUCAGAGAAUCUAUGCAUGACGCUAAACAUUAUGGAUGGCAGGUUCCAGAUGAUAUUGGUCUAUCAUGGUCCACUUUGAUUGGUGGGAUACAAGGUCAUGUGAAGUCAUUGAACUGGGGUCACAGAGUUCAACUCCAAGACAAGAAUGUUGAAUACGUGAAUGGAAAAGGUUCUUUCAUUGAUGAACAUACGGUGAAAGUCAAGAUGAAAGAUGGAAAAGAGACCCAGUUCUCUGCUGCCAACAUAGUCCUCGCCACAGGAGGAAGACCCAAGUACCCUGAUAAGGUACCCGGUGCUAUGGAGUAUGGGAUUACCAGCGAUGACAUCUUCUCUCUGAAAACUCCACCAGGAAGGAGCUUGGUUAUAGGUGGCAGCUAUGUUGCUUUAGAAUGUGCCGGUUUCCUGCAUGGUCUUGGCUUCCCCACAACUGUAAUGGUACGGUCCAUCUGCCUCAGAGGGUUCGAUCAGCAAAUGUCCAGGCUUGUAGCAGACCACAUGGAAGCCAGUGGUAUCCAGUUUCUAUGGCAACAGGUCCCUGAGAGUGUAGCUAAGAAUCAAAAUGGCAGCCUGAAUGUGAGGUGGAGGUCAGAUCAAGGUCAGGAAGGUCAUGGAGAGUUUGACACUGUCAUGUUUGCUGUAGGUAGAGAACCAGAGACCGCUCAACUUGGCUUGGACAACACCGGUGUUCAACUCUCUGAAGGAGGAAAGGUCAUGGGGUCAAAUGAACAGUCUUCCGUCCCUCAUAUACAUGCCAUUGGAGACAUACUUGAGAGUGGAAUAGAGCUUACUCCUGUAGCUAUCAGAACUGGCAAGCUUUUAGCCCAACGAUUGUUUGGUCAAGGCACAGAACAUAUGAACUAUGAACAGGUAGCCACUACAGUGUUCACUCCUCUAGAAUACAGCUGUGUAGGUCUCUCUGAAGAGACUGCUACAGAGAGAUACGGGGAAGAUCACAUAGAAGUUUACCAUGCCUUCUACAAGCCUCUUGAGUAUGUAGUGCCAAACAAACCAGCCGAGCAGUGCUAUAUUAAGGCUAUCUGUCUACGAGAUGGUGAUCAGAGAAUCCUUGGUCUUCACAUUACAGGCCCGGGCGCAGGGGAGAUUAUGCAAGGUUUGCAUUAGCUGUCAAAAUGGGGGCCACAUACCAGCACCUGUCCUCUACCAUCGGUAUCCAUCCCACCUGUGCUGAGGAAGUAGUCAAGAUUCACAUCACCAAGAGGUCAGGUCUUGACCCCAUGGUCACAGGUUGCUGAGGUUAAAGGUCAUUUCCCUAUCACACGGUAUGUAGGCCAUAAAUGAGAGUCUGAUCAAAGGAUCACUCAGCAUCAGGAAUGCGAUUAAAUGGACCAUUAAAGCCCCUCUGCACUAGUUUGGCCAGGAGGGAUUACACCUUCCUGCAUGGUCACUGACAGGUGCUUCUCUCAUC